AUGUUUGCUCUCACCCUCUCUCUCGCCGGAUUGGCCUCUGGUCAACUCCUUGGCSGCCUGGUACCCAGCGGCAAAGCCCCCAUCGUCAAAACUUCAUACGCCAGCUUCGAGGGCAAGAAUGACCUCGUCACCAGCACAAGCAACUACCUAGGAAUUCCCUAUGCUCACGCUCCUCGAUUCGAUCACGCUCGAUUGUUCAACGAUAAACUCGAGGGCGUACAGCAAGCGACGGAGUAUGGUGAUGUCUGUCCGCAACAUCUUCUCGCUCCAUCGAUUGUCGCUCCGGAUAUUGGACCUGCUGGCGAGGCUCUCUCUUUCGUCGAGGCUCUUCCACUCGCACAGGAUGCUUACCAACAGUCUGAGGACUGUCUGUCGAUCAAUGUUCAACGACCACAGGAUCAGAAUUUGACGGAUCUUCCUGUUUUGCUUUGGAUUCAUGGAGGUGGAUUCGAGGUUGGUGCAAGUGCUGCGUUGGGUGUUGAUGGGACGACCGCUCUCCCAGGUGUCUUCUACCAAGGUGCAAACAUCGUCAAGAGAUCCGUCGAGGACGGCAAGCCCAUUUUAUUCACGUCGAUCAACUACCGUCUCCACCACUUCGGAUUCACCGCAUCUAGGGAGUUUGAGCGUGCCGGUCUGUUGAACCUCGGUCUUGAAGAUCAGCGUGUUGCUAUGCGAUGGAUUCAAAAGAACAUUAGAGCUUUCGGAGGUGAUCCCAGCAAAGUCACCAUCAUGGGAGAGAGUGCAGGUUCCUGGUCUGUAACGGGCCACCUCGUCGCCAACAACGGCAACAACGAAGGCCUCUUCCGCGCCGCUGUUGGUAUCUCAGGAGGACCCCUCGCCGUCGACGGCCCCGAACGCCAACAAGGAAUCUUCGACGACAUGGUCCAAUACGUCGGCUGCAGCGGUGCAUCCGACAAAAUCGCCUGCUUACGCCAGGCUCCAUAUGCCAAAAUCUUCGAGCACGCCAAUACCAUCAACAACUUCUUCGGCUUCCGCAGUCUCGCCUCAGCCUGGACUCUCCGUCCCGACGGCAAGUUCCUCACCGAAAGCCCCGACAAACUCGUCGCCGCAGGCAAAAUCGCCAACGUCCCAAUCCUCUACGGAGACAUGGAGAAUGAAGGAACCCUCUUCUCUCUCAUCAACCCCAUCAACCUCACCACCACGGAACUAGUCAAGGAUUACUUCAAAACCUACUGGUGGCCCAAAGUCAGCGAGCAACAACUCGAUCGCUUGAUGGAACUCUACCCAACUGAAAUCGACAAUUUCCCCGCCUCGCCUUUCCCACAAUAUGAGCGUCUCUCAGCUUUGAUAGGAGAUUACAGUUUCGAAGCCCAGCGCCGCUCUCUCCUCGCCAAAGUCCGCGCUCCGAAAUGGAACUACCACACGAAAUUCACCGUACCUCUCUCCUCUGUCGGAGACUCCCUCGUUGGGAAACUUCUGGCAAGACUCGGUGCUACGAAUAUCCCUUACUUGGGAUCUUUCCAUGCUUCGGAUGUGUUUUUCUAUUUCUUUGGGACGAUUCCCGAUACUGUUAGUAAUAAUAGUCGGCAUCUUAUGGGUAGUUUGGUGCAUUUUGUACAUGAUUUGAAUCCUAAUCAUGAGGAGAUUAGACAUUGGCCGCAGUGGGAUAGUGAGAGGUUGAGGACGAUGCAUUUCCAGGAGGAGGGGUUGGAGAUUAUUACGGAUGAUUAUCGGAAGGAGGGGAUGGAUUAUAUUAAUCAGAUMAAGGAUGAUAUUCGAAUUUAG